CCGGAUCGAGAGAGCCACCGCGUUCGAUCCCCAUCGCGGACCCCUCGAAAGCACCUCGGAUUCAAGGUUGCGAGCACUCGCCGGAGCUGCCGCCACUUCGUCCCUACCUUGCUGCCGACAUAAGCCGAAUACCACCGCCCCUGCAACCCUAGCUCCCAGAUCCUUCUCUGGUCGAGCCGCCAUGGAGGGAUCUUUUGUGUCCGCCUCCAUCCAGUCUCCCGCCGACGACGAUGCUGAAACCUUCCGCUACCCCUCCUGGAUCAUCCUCGACAGCAGAGCCCACUUCGCCGACCUCGACAACGCCACCACCGUCAAGGCCAAGGCCAGCACGGGGCACGAAUUCAAGGUCACCUUCUGCCUCGCCGAGCCGCCUGCCGUCUCCUACUUCUGCGCGCACUGCCCCGAAGAUUGUUGCACCACGGAGCCCCGCGUCGUCUCCUCCGCCAAUGACCUCCUCCUCCUCUGCUUCGCCUUCAGAACCGGCCCGCCGAGCACAGACAAAGACUCCCAUCUCCUCGAGUACUUCGUCUACACUGCUGCCUCCGGCGGCAACCAGUCCAUCAGACCCGUCCCGUCUUCUUCUCCAACCUACAGGCACACAUGGCACGCGGCCAUCUUGCCCUUCGAGGGCGACGAUUUCUUGAUCGCCGAUCUUGUCCGGAAUGCGGACCUUGUGCACCACGACCUUCACAUCUUCUGGUCGGGUACGAGCGAGUGGAGCACCACACACUUGAAGCUGGAGUCUCCUUCCGACGCCCAGCCAUGGGACCUGCCAAUCCAAACCGACAAGGUCAUCUCUCUCGGAGGAAGCAUGGUAGGAUGGGUCGACCUCUGGCGCGGCAUCGUCAUCUGCGAUGUGCUUGACAGGGAGCCUGUUCUGCGCUUCCUCCCGCUGCCCAGAGCCGAUUUCGACCUGAACCGGGAAAGCGAAGCACGGCCAGUGCGGGACGUCACCGGCUGCCACGACGGUUUCAUCAACUUCGUCGAGCUCGAACACUGUCACAAGUUCGUCAACGUUAUCGGCAGGAGCAAUUUCAAUACGCCCAAGAUUUUUGACACUCAAGACACCAUCUAUGACACGGAUAUCCUCAGCCACGAUGACAUGCUGGGCGUUACAGAUGACCAUAGACCUGUGUCCGUGCCUGCUGGCUGGAAGCUCCGGACAAUGUAUAAGAGCAUUUCUUGGGACUAUUGGCGCAAGGGUAACACUAUCCAUGUGAACGACAUUUCAGCCUGCCCAACAGACCCCUCUAUGCUGCUGCCUCAGCUGUGGGAUGCUAGAGACAGAAAAUGGACAUUGCGAAACCUGAAGCGCACAGGCUUCCCGACCUUCAGCAUUUGCGCCGGUGAUGUUGUCUACCUCAUGUGUAAGGCGGAGUCUGAUGAUAAAGACGCGUUGCUUCUUGGUGUUGAUAUUGGAACGAAGAAGCUGGAAGUCAUCAGACCAUAUUGUGGCGCGAGAGCCACUUCUUUCGACCCGACAUUCAUUUCCUGUGAAUUCUCUGAAUAUCUGAAUACCACUCCAUAUCCAAGGCAUGUUUUUAUUUUUUUGCUCUGUUCCUGUUAGAUCUAUUCUGUUAACCUUCUUCAUGCACCCCGAAAAAAGAUUUGUCAAACCGAUUCUAUCUUUUCCAGUUCUCCACUUAUUUUACCCCAUAUUGCAGCUGACAUUUUGCCUCUAAUUAAUUUGCUUAAGGCCAUGUGAUGAGGAAGUUGCAGCAGAGUCUUCUCAGAAUAGUGUGCCAAAUGAUCAUCUUUCAUCCGCUGAUACUGUUCCAAACAAUGCGCAACCCCAGCAAAACACGUGUCAUGGGGAUGGCUACUAUGGGACAUGGAACAAAUGCGAUUAUGGCGCGCACCCAGGCUACGGCAAUUAUCAGCAGCCAAUCCCACAGUCCUUACCUCCACCCAAUUUGACACAAACUGUGCAACCCAUGUUGUCUUCAGCUCUAUCAGAAGGGUAUAUCUAUGCCCGUUGGACUUUACGAGAUGCCUAUGGACGGAUGUAUAUAUCAGUACCGUUGAAUGAGAUGUAUAAGCCCUUUGCCCUAUGGAGGCCUCCAAUGCCAGCGCAGCAACCCUUCGCCCAACCCUUGGCUCCAGGGCAAUCCAGAUGACUUCAACGGCAGGAAGUUGCAUUGUCCUCAGCCAUGGCCAGCAACACCAGAGGAAGCCAUUUUCGUCUCUUACACAUUGUCAGCAGGUGGAAUAUCAAGGUCGGCGCCACCAACUGGAUUUUCAUGGUUGAUGUCCUGGGACGCCAACAAAGUGCAUGCUCUUAGUAAUCCCUGCUGCUUGAAAACAAAAUUCGGUUUCUCACGCAACAGAUAUCAUGAACAUCAGUAGCUUGCUUACUGUCUGCAGCGGCAUCUGAAAACUUAAUUUCAAGGAGUAGGGAUUUCUUGCAGUUUGGAUGGUGCAAGAAUGAUAGAAGAUUCAAACCUAGUUGUACAUACGAAGAUGAACUAGAGUGGAGUUUCACAAAAUGUUUAAAUGUAUCUAAGAUCUUUUUUGUUGGACCCUAGGAUGAUCUUCCUUGGAUGCAG